CAUGUAUUUUCAGCUGCACCUUCUAAAGGGGGAGACUCUGUCACCACCAGAGAGGCAACAGCUCCCAAACAUGACUACAGAUGACUAGACCCACAGAGGCCUGGGAGUCUCUGGAUUGAUAGUUUAGAAUAUGCUAAAAAGCCAGGGCUUUCCACGGAGAAUUGAAGGGGCAGCUGGUCAACACGACAGCGACCUGGAGCAAGGGAGUCAGAAGACAGUUGUAGCAAGCAAGACGGACCUUCCGAGGGGCUGACUUGGGUCGCUGAGGGCAGGCUCCUGCCACCCAAACUGUUGCAGCCCUGUGAUGGUGAGGUCCUCCACCCGGGGGAGCGAGUGGGGCUGUGCAAGGGGGCUGCCUGGUGAGUGAGAACUCCUGCAGGUCUGCCUGCCCCCUAAUCCCUGCUUAGGAACUGGAGGGUGUCAGAGCCCCCUGUGUGCUCUCCCUCAGCAAUAUGAGGACUCUGAACACCUCUACUAUGGAUGGGGCUGGGCUGGUGGUAGAGAGAGACUUCUCAUUCCGCAUCCUUACAGCCUGUUUCCUGUCUCUGCUCAUCCUGUCCACACUGCUGGGGAACACACUGGUCUGUGCCGCUGUCAUCAGGUUCCGACACCUGCGGUCCAAGGUGACCAACUUCUUUGUCAUCUCCUUGGCCGUGUCAGAUCUCUUGGUGGCCGUCUUGGUCAUGCCCUGGAAAGCGGUGGCGGAGAUCGCUGGCUUCUGGCCCUUUGGGUCCUUCUGUAACAUCUGGGUGGCCUUUGACAUCAUGUGCUCCACUGCGUCCAUCCUCAACCUCUGUGUGAUUAGCGUGGACAGGUAUUGGGCCAUCUCUAGUCCCUUCCGGUAUGAGAGGAAGAUGACCCCCAAGGCAGCCUUCAUUCUGAUCAGCGUGGCGUGGACCUUGUCUGUACUUAUCUCCUUCAUCCCAGUGCAGCUCAGCUGGCACAAGGCAAAACCCACAAGUUCCUCCGAUGGGAAUGCCACUUCCCUGGGUGAGACCAUGGACAACUGUGAUUCCAGCUUAAGCAGGACAUAUGCCAUUUCAUCCUCCCUAAUAAGCUUUUAUAUCCCCGUGGCCAUCAUGAUUGUCACCUACACCAGGAUCUAUAGGAUCGCCCAGAAACAAAUACGGCGCAUUUCGGCCUUAGAGAGGGCAGCAGUCCAUGCCAAGAAUUGCCAGACCACUACAGGUAAUGGAAACCCUGUGGAGUGUUCUCAACCAGAAAGCUCCUUUAAGAUGUCCUUCAAGAGAGAGACUAAAGUUCUGAAGACUCUGUCUGUGAUCAUGGGGGUAUUUGUGUGCUGCUGGCUUCCUUUCUUCAUCUUGAACUGCAUGGUGCCCUUCUGUGGGUCUGGGGAGACCAAGCCCUUCUGCAUUGAUUCCAUCACCUUUGAUGUGUUUGUGUGGUUUGGGUGGGCUAAUUCCUCCUUGAACCCCAUCAUUUAUGCCUUUAAUGCUGAUUUUCGGAAGGCAUUUUCAACCCUCUUAGGAUGCUACAGACUUUGCCCUACAACGAAUAAUGCCAUAGAGACGGUUAGCAUCAAUAACAAUGGGGCCGUGGUGUUUUCCAGCCAUCAUGAGCCUCGAGGCUCCAUUUCCAAGGACUGCAAUCUGGUUUAUCUGAUCCCACAUGCAGUGGGCUCCUCCGAGGACCUCAAGAAGGAGGAGGCAGGUGGAAUGGCCAGACCCUUGGAGAAGCUGUCCCCGGCCUUGUCUGUCAUAUUGGACUAUGAUACUGAUGUCUCUCUAGAGAAGAUCCAGCCCGUCACACAAAAUGGACAGCAUCCAACCUGAACCCUGAGAUGAAUCCAGGAUGAAGCCAGACAGGCUUAUCCCAAAAGCUGGAGGAGAUUUUCAGUGGCUUGCUGUUAAGAAACUAAGGUGUGGUGAGACUCAGAUGUCAGGCAAGCCCUCCUCUCUCUCUGCUGCUUCCCCUCAGCUACUCCCUUCAACAACUAACUAUAUUUUAAAAUCCAUUCCAGUGUGUUUUCUGUGUUGUUCAUAGUGAAUCAAAGAGACAUAUGCGAAGUGAACGUUCACAGGGACGUGUCUUAGGCUCCAAAAUUAUUUUUAGAAACCGAUUCUUAUCUUAGGACUCAAAAAAUAGGGCACAGAAUCAACAAUGAACAGCAUCGCUUAAAAAAUAAAUCCUUUCCAGGAAGGAAAUGAGAAGGGUUGAGUUUGCUGUGUACAAACAGGUGCUAACACUGGCCCAAGCAGACUUUUCAGAUUGUAAAGGUAGGUGCAUGCCUUCAUAAAUUAUUUCUAAAACAUAAUUGAGCCUUACAGUAGGAGUGAUAUUUUUUUCAGACUUGAGAGAUGCUUUGUUGUAAUUGGUUUUAUUUAUUUAUUUAUUGUAUUAUAUGGAUAUUUUUAAUUUAUUAAAUAAAUCUAUAUUUAUCAGAUGUCAUAAGAUAAGCUAAUGAGUUAUCUGAGACCUUACAGUCACAUUUCGUCCACUUAAAACUAGCACUUUAUUGGCCAAUGAAACAAACACACAAACUCUCUGAGAUUCUAAAUGCUCAUGUAUAACUUCCAGAAACACAGCAAGACUGACAGCAAAUUCAUUGGCAUAAAUAAAUACAAGAUGAGAAUUGACAAAUGCUGUGAAUGGAUUUUUUUUCUAGAAAAUGUUUGAAAAACUUAAAAAGGCGUAGCUACUAUUGUGUCCAAAUUUUUUUAAUGACAAAGACUUUCCCAGGAGAGUGAUUUGCAGUUCUGUAAAUAUCUUAAAUAAAAGCUAGCUUGAGAAGGACCCAACUUGCAAUUUAUGACCUUAGGUGGUAAUAAAAAGUAUGUGCCACUUUGUAUUUAUGUAAAAUAAUUGGCCCUCUGUGUCUUUUCUCAUUUCAGUGUCAGGUAGUUUUUCUGAACCAAACAAAUGGCUGUCCUGGUUAGACACAUGUAGUGUAUUGAAGAUAGUAUGUUUCCUUAACUCUUGCGUUACAGUCUCACCAGUGGACAAAGGUCAAAUCCUGCAUCACCAUCUUACCAGAUCAAAUCCCACCACUCAUUGGGACUACUUUUUUGUAGUGCUUUAAUCUGAAUUUAGAACUGUUUUUUUUUUUAAGUCUAAAUGUUAAUAGUAUACUAACUAACGAAUAGUGCCUCAUUAUCAUCCUCCAGUUAGAUACUUCUCUUGGUGGAAGAAACAGGAGACCCCUUCUCUUUGGGUGUGUUAAGUGCCCCAAAGCCAUCAGUAUCUUUUGACAAAUGCUAGCUCCUUCUCUAUGCUUUGGAAUCAAGUUCCUAGCUCAUCAUCUCAACUGUAUAAAGUAUCAUGAGUCUCUCCUGCCAGAUACUCAUUCAUGUGGGGCAUUUCAAGAGAAUUUCUUUGAAAUGUUUACAGAAUAUUCUUGCUGAUAAGCAAUUUACUUAGCAUUUAGAUGAAAUGGGUAACAAGAAGGAAAUCCACUGAAAAUUAUCUCCUGCAUCAGGU